AUGUCUCUCUUCCACACCUUCCACACUCCUGGCGACUUUGCCCCUCUCUUCCGCCUUCUGGACGACUACGAUUUCCACCGGUCGACCAGAAAUCAGGCUUCCUCUGUGCGCUCCUUUGCGCCCCGCUUUGAUGUUCGCGAAACCAACGAUGCCUACCUUCUGGAUGGCGAGCUUCCAGGCAUUGCCAACAAGGACAUUGAGAUCGAGUUCUCCGACAAUGACACACUCGUGAUCAAGGGCCGCAGCGAGCGCGAAUACCACUCUGGCACUCCCGAGCAGGCCACCCAGGAGUCCUCUGAUGACAAGCAGAAGGAGAGUACCGAGGUGGUCAAGUCCGGGGACAAGCAAGUCAGCAAGAGCGACAACAAGAAACACCGCUUCUGGGUGAGUGAGCGGUCUGUCGGCGAGUUCCACCGCACCUUCCAGUUCCCGACUCCCGUCGAUCAGGACAACGUCAAGGCCAGCCUCAAGAACGGCAUUCUGUCCAUUGUUGUACCGAAGAAGGUCGUCAACACUGGGGCCAGGAAGAUUACCGUCGAGUAA